UCUGUACUGCCACUCAAGUACUCAACUCAACUGAGCAAGAUUAGUAAGCUGCUAAGCAGACGACACACCGUGAAGAUGAAGAUGAAGAUGAAGAUGAAGAAGAAGUUGAGUGCGGUCUUCUUCUUCUUCUUCCUUUUCGGGGUGCUGGCGGGGGCGAUCCGCUUCUCUGCGGCAGAAUACAACGGGACGGGCGGGCUGAGCCGCGCGAGCUUCCCGGAGGGGUUCGUCUUCGGCACGGCGUCGUCGGCGUACCAGGUCGAAGGGAUGGCCCUCAAGGCUGGGAGGGGACCUAGCAUUUGGGACGCAUUUGUUAAGAUCCCAGGUAAUAUUCCGAAUAAUGCUACUGCCGAUGUCACAACCGACGAGUAUCAUCGCUAUAAGGAAGAUGUAGACAUAAUGAAGGAGAUGGGCUUUGAUGCAUACCGCUUCUCAAUCUCCUGGUCCCGCAUUUUCCCAGAGGGGGUUGGGAAGGUCAAUUGGGAGGGUGUAGCAUACUACAAUAGGCUUAUCGACUACAUGAUCAAGCAAGGCAUCACUCCGUAUGCGAAUCUCUACCACUAUGAUCUCCCAUUGGCGCUUCAUGAGGAGUAUCUUGGCUGGUUAAACCCGAAGAUAGUGCCUGCAUUCGCGGACUAUGCCGACUUUUGCUUCAAGACAUUUGGGGAUAGAGUGAAAAACUGGUUCACAAUGAAUGAGCCGAGGUGCGUGGCGGCUCUUGGGUAUGAUAACGGUUUGCAUGCCCCGGGAAGGUGUACUGGUUGUAAAGCAGGGGGAAACUCAAGUACAGAGCCCUACACUGUGGCCCAUCAUCUCAUCUUAUCUCAUGCUGCUGCGGUGAAGCGAUAUCGUGAGAAGUAUCAGGCUUCUCAAAAGGGAAAGAUUGGAAUACUCUUGGACUUUGUAUGGUAUGAGCCUCAUACUUACUCUGCAGAGGACAAAGCAGCCGCUCAAAGAGCCAGAGACUUCCAUCUUGGAUGGUUCCUUCACCCGAUUGUGUAUGGUCACUAUCCAAACACAAUGCAAGAGAUUGUCAAGGACAGGUUGCCCAAGUUCACUGCUAAGGAGGUUAAGAUUGUUAAAGGUUCGUUCGAUUACGUGGGCAUCAAUCAGUACACCGCUUACUAUAUGGGGGACCAAAAACCGACCAGUGGUAUGGAAGUCAGCUACUCAAAUGACUGGCAUGUUAAUUAUAUUUAUGAUCGUAAUGGUGUGGAAAUCGGAAAACUGGCAAAUUCAUAUUGGCUUUACAUUGUUCCAUGGGGAAUAUACAAAGCUGUGACUUACGUUAAGGAGGCAUAUAACAGCCCAACAAUCAUUCUUGCUGAAAAUGGAAUGGACCAAGCUGGUAACGUGACUCUUCCUCACGCAUUGGAGGACACAACAAGGAUCAACUACUACAGGAGCUACUUGACCGAACUACGCAGUGCGAUGGAGCAGGGCGCCAAUGUGAUCGGCUACUUUGCGUGGUCCCUGCUCGAUAAUUUCGAGUGGAGGUUGGGGUACACAUCGAGGUUCGGCCUAGUCUACGUUGACUACAACACGCUCAAGCGAUACCCCAAGAACUCGGCUUACUGGUUCAAGAGCAUCAUUCAAAAGGAGGGGCAUUGAAGUUUAUUGAUUGGAUUUUAGGUUUUCACGUGGUCUCAGUGUCUUAUUUAUUAUUUAUCAGUAAGCUUUAAAUAGCUCAAUUUCCUCCCAAUUUGGCUAUCUAUAGUUCAGUAGCCAUUUGAGACCUUUAGUUCAAUUAGUUUCUCUUUUCCCUUUAAAAAUACUGAAUCAGUUGUAGAAAUCCCUUUUCUUUGUGUGCCUUUAUAUUUAGAGGGUCUCUGUUUACAGUCUCCCUUUUUUUCAAUAA